CAUUCAAAUUAUUAUUACAUCGAUACAUUUAAACGGAAGAAACUUGAACAUGGUGCCUAGGCCGACUCGGUUGUCACGACCACGAGCUGCAGGAGCACUCUUUUCCUGUUGUAUGUACAUGAUUGUAGCGUGCGCACUUGCAAGGGACCCCCUAUCUAUAGCCACCACAAUAGAUCAGCACCGCGCUGCUUUCGGCUCCGGAAUCUGCCGCGGGCUUGAUGCUUACACGCAGCUGCACAACGACGUGCUCGGCGGGAGAGCCCCUGCGCGCUAUGUGGUCUUUGUUUCGCCGCCGUCCGGCAUUGCGGACCGCCUUAUCGGACUGGUCAGCGCCUUCUACUUGGCGCUCAUACAGAAGCGCGCCUUUCUCAUUGCGCCCCACCCGAUGAGCUAUGAGCUGCUCUACGACCAGCCAUUCAUCAACUGGACAACACCAGCAGUGCCGGAGGCCACGGCGGGCCCUGUUAUGUGGCCGCCUAAAACGCGGCAGUGCGCCAACUGCGACGCCGCGGCGCCAGCGGCCCCGGCCGGCGCGUCUUCGCACAUGAGCUGCCCCGUGUGUCACGAUGACGGGCCGGGCCGCUCGGCAGCCUAUUUCAACUGGAUCAACGUUGCAACCGCCCGGGCCUGGCACAUGGUGAACAACCUCUCGGCGGUUUACCCAACCGCCAACUACAUCUACGUCAGCGGGAACCGUGGCACGUCUGUGGGCCUGUUCCAGAACGUGUACCACCAGCGCGCCCUGAGGGCCAUGGGCCUGCGCGCCUCCACCGCCUUCGGCUGCGCCGUCAACUACCUGCUGUUCCCCAAGCCCGAGACCCUGGCGGUCAUCAAGGAGGAAAUGGACCAGGUGCUGGCAGCGCCCCCGGUGUUUGGGAUCCAGAUCCGCACGGACGACAAACACAUGGCGGGCGCGGACCUGGCCGAGUCGUACGCGGAGCAGUACCGCUACAUGUUCGAAUGCGCGGAACAGAUGGAGCGGGCGCUGGGCAUUAGUAGCAAUGCGGCGGGUGGCGGCGCCAUCGCGCCCAAGUUCUUCCUGGUGUCUGACUCGGUGGUGGUGCGGCAGCAGGCGCAGGUGCGUGCGGGCGUGGGGGUGCGGGGCACGUCUGUGGGCCUGUUCCAGAACGUGUACCACCAGCGCGCCCUGAGGGCCAUGGGCCUGCGCGCCUCCACCGCCUUCGGCUGCGCCGUCAACUACCUGCUGUUCCCCAAGCCCGAGACCCUGGCGGUCAUCAAGGAGGAAAUGGACCAGGUGCUGGCAGCGCCCCCGGUGUUUGGGAUCCAGAUCCGCACGGACGACAAACACAUGGCGGGCGCGGACCUGGCCGAGUCGUACGCGGAGCAGUACCGCUACAUGUUCGAAUGCGCGGAACAGAUGGAGCGGGCGCUGGGCAUUAGUAGCAAUGCGGCGGGUGGCGGCGCCAUCGCGCCCAAGUUCUUCCUGGUGUCUGACUCGGUGGUGGUGCGGCAGCAGGCGCAGACAUGGUACCCCAACAAGACCAUUGUGUACAUGCGCUCCAAGCCGCGGCACGUGUCCGACUCGGCCACCGGCGACAUGCACGGCUCCCGUCUGGCGGCGGCGGAGCAUUGGGUGUUCGGCAUGACAGACUACCAGGUGAUCCACUGGUGGAGCGGCUACGGGCGCACCGCCGCCAUGCGGGCCAUGCGCGAGCUGGGCGUGCACGCGCUGGAGGCGCGGGGCGAAGACUGCGCCGUCGCCAACAGCCAGGACGUGUGGCAGCUGGGGGACGGCUACUCGGGCGUGCGGCGGCGGCGGCAGCUGCAGACGGCGGCACGGCGGCUGCGGUAGUGGCAGGUGCGGUAGGUGUGGUGGGUGUGGCGGAGAGCGAGUGCGGCACGCCGGCCGGUUUCUGCAUGGCAGGGUACCUGCGUGUGAGCUUCAAAGACACUUUGGUGAGUAAAGCUGGCAAAGGCACAGGGGCCCUUCAAAGUAAAUGUGCAUGCGCAUGUCAGGCAUGUGCUUAGGUUGAAAUAAACACGGUUGCAAGGGGGCGGGGAGGGGUGAGGGCAGGAGUCUAAGCCAUGCGAGGCAAGUAAGGCACCGUGUGUCGCGGGGUGGCCGGCUACUAUGCCCGAUUAAUACCGGUGAUUGCCGCAUGUCAACCUUGAUUAAUCAAUUCAUUUUGGUCCUGUGAGUGCGAAUGAAAGGGGACGCGGCCAUGGGAGUACCGUAUGGGACGAUGAAGUGUGGGCGGAGGCAAGGGCGGAGGGCUCAAGGCGGGCGAGGUGUUCGGCGGUAAGUCCCCAUCGCCUGUAUAUGCACAUCCCCAAGCCUGCCCCCCCCUCUUGCCCCCCCCCUUUCAUGGCGAGUAACACUGGCUGCCGUACCUUGCCGUGAUCACCCAGCAUGUAAUUCGUGUCCCAG